UGUUUAAAAAACUCAGGUCAGACGCUCCGAGCUGGCGGAAACAUCCGCGGCAGUUCUCAGAAGAUGCUCCCCGUUCUAAAUUUUUAAUCAAACGUACUCCCUAAUCUCUCAGCGCUUUAAGGCUGAUGUUACUGGUAAUGGUUUUGGAUAAUGGAAACAGACGACGUGUCGGUCAGAGAGCAACUUUUCCACAACCGCGUCCGGGAGACGAUAAUCUGCGUGCUCCUGUUCACCUGUCUCUACAUGGUGUGCUACCUCAUUCUCACCCACUUCAAGAAGGCUGCUGAGUUUGUCACAGAUGAUGUUGAAGAUGCCACUGUCAAUAAAAUUGCGCUGUGGCUGUGUACCUUCACCCUGUCUGUUGCAGUGUGUGCAGUACUGCUUCUCCCCAUCUCUAUUCUGUCCAACGAGGUUCUGCUCACCUUCCCACACAGUUACUACAUGCAGUGGCUCAAUGGGUCUCUUAUCCAUGGUUUGUGGAACCUAGUUUUCCUGUUCUCCAAUUUGUCCCUGGUCUUCCUCAUGCCUUUUGCCUAUUUCUUCACCGAGUCUGAGGGGUUUGCAGGAUCUAAAAAGGGAGUGAUGGCGCGAGUGUAUGAAGCGGUUGUGCUGCUGCUGCUGUUAGCUCUGCUGGUGUUGGGCAUCGUGUGGGUGGCGUCAGCCCUCCUCCAUGACAACGUGGCCCGAAAGAGCCUCUAUGACCUGUGGGAGUAUUACCUCCCAUACCUGUACUCGGGCAUCUCGCUGUUCGGAGCGCUGCUGCUUUUGCUGUGCACCCCGUUUGGGUUGUCUCGAAUGUUCAGCGUCACAGGCAGCCUGCUGGUCAAACCGAGGCUGCUGGAGGAUGUAGAGGACACACUCAGCUGCACCGUGUUUGAGGAGGACUCGCUCUACAGGAAACUCAACUGUACCAGCRCAUCAUGUUGGGUCAAGCUGAACAUGGAGGCAAUGAGAAAGGAGUACGAAACRGUCCGGAGCAAACGUGUCGCUCUAGAGAUGCGCAGGAAAGCCUCUCCAUGGCAGCGAAACCUGGGCUAUCCGCUGGCAAUGCUCGGGCUUCUUGCGYUGACGGUGAUGUGCGUACUGAUGGUGUGUUUCAACGUGCUGGAGCUGCUGCUGGAUGAGACGGCGAUGCCCAGAGGAAUGGAGGACCCUCACCUGGGGAUGGCCUCUUUCUCCAUGUUUGGCUCACUGGGUGCUGCAGUUCAAGUGGUCCUCAUUCUCUACUUGAUGGUUUCCUCUGUAGUGGGAUUCUAUAGCUCGUCUCUGUUCUGUGGCCUCCUGCCUCGUGUAAAAGACACAAACCUCACACAGAUCAUUGCAAACUGUGUUUCUCUGCUCAUCCUGAGCUCUGCGCUGCCGGUCUUUUCACGCACACUUGGAAUCACCAGCUUUGAUUUACUGGGAGACUUUGGUCGCUAUAACUGGCUGGGGAACUUCUACAUUGUGUUCCUGUACAACAUGCUGUUCGCUUGCCUCACGUCUGCCUCUCUUAUAAAGACCGUCACCUGGGCCGUGCAGAGAGAGCUCAUCCGUGCCUUUGGACUCCACAGGCUGCCUUUAACUGUGUCCCGGUCCACCAUCCCAUUCAGACUCCUCCUGGCCAGUGGACUAUCUAAAAUCCAGUGACUUUUAUUCUCCUCAUAACUGUGUUGUUCUAAGAUUUAAAAAAAUCUGAGCCAUUCCAAGCAUGCCUCCUCUUGGAAUAAAGGGAGCGACGGCUCAGUCUCUGAUUGGGUCUUUCCCGAACGACAGGACGGGGUGACGACCACAGGUGUGUGUCUGUGUUGCGUCCAGUUGGAGCACAGCUUUGAUGCUGGAUCCAAGAUUGUGCUGCCAUUUGACUGCAAGUACUGCUGCAGCUGCGAGCUGAGUCAUCACAGGCAGACGAGGAGGGAGGAAAAAAGAUGGAAGCCAUGCGGGCAGCCCUGCCACGCUGAGCAAUAAAGUCAGCAGAGUUAUUCUGACAUGUCACGUUAAAGCUGUGUCAUAAAUCCCUCUUCCUGUUCCACGUUUACAGAGUAGUUGUUCUUGAAAACUCCCCAAUAAAUUCAUCUUCUCUUAUCAGUUUUAAGAUAGGGAAACCUUUGCUUCCAUGUUUUGGGGAUUUGUUUAGUAGCAUUUUGUAGUUAAUAUGUAAAUGGGAUAGUAUUUUKUGUGAUUUUUACUUUAUUUUUGAGAACAUAAAACCUACUGAAUGUGACAAGUUAGCCAGGAAACUGUUUAAUAACUAAUCAGGAAAAAAAAACUCCUGCCUUAACCAAUCAAACUGUGAAUCUUUACGAUGUUUUCUGCGGGACUGUGCAAUAUCUUAUUACUGUAAAAUCUCACCUUUAUUAACUUUACCAAAAGUCAUUUCAGAAUGGUCUAUUUUGUUUCAUGUUGCACACCAAGUUGAAUAUGUGAAUGUCUUUUUUUUUAUGUCAAUCCUGAUUCUCAGGCCUUGUGAUCUUUCCCAGUUUUGUGAUGAUGGCAUAAAUUUUGUGUUAUCAGCAUCAUCUCAUCACUGUGUGUGUGUGUGUGUGUGUGUGUGUGUGUGUGUGUGGUGACCUUGUGUCACUGUUUGUUGUAGCUGCUGUAUCAGCAGGUUGUUGGUGUGACCAGCAGGGGGCAGUAUGUCUUAAAACCCAACCUUCAUGUUGUGGAAGACUGUCUUCUCGUUAUAUAUACAUUGUAUAUGAAACACUCUAAAGUUUACCCAUUGCUUUUUUCUUUUCUUUUUUUUUUCUGGGAAUGUAAUGACAUUUUAAACUGGGAUGUUUGCCUUUUUUUUUACUUUUAUUUAUGGGUGUUGUGGGAUUCAUAUGACAUUUUACUAGUUUUAAAAGAAUUCAUUAUGUUUGUAAUAUGAGAGAAAAAAUAUAUUUCAAGUUCUAAAAGACAAAAGUUAAAGGUUUACUUUUCAAAUGUUUCACGUUUUCUCUAAGCUGAUUUUUUCUUGUUUUUAAACGUCAGUGUUAUGAGAAAGCAAUAAAAAUUUGUUUGUUUUUAA